AACAACAAUAAUGACAAAAUAAUAGCAACAAAAACAAUAAUAAUAAUAAUAAUGAUAAUGCCUACUUCACAAGGUUGCUGGACGUGCCUGGUCGUCAGCACAUAGUAUUUGUCCUUAACUUCCCAGGUUACACAGAUCCUGGGCCUUCCCCGCGCGUGUACUGUAGGUGGAGACAAAGUAGCACCGGCUGGUGCUCAGAGUCUCUUGUUCUCAGCGUUUUGCUGUUAGAAAGAUACCCCGUAAGGGUAACUGCACGGUACGUCUGCCAGAAAUCACGAUUCAUUUUAUAAGCUCGGAUUUAUUUGUGACGAGUUUCCAGUCUCUCCACUCGUACCCCACAGAACAGAAACUGUCCCUGCCGUAUUGUCUGUUUUUAUUAGGUACUCAAAAUUAGAGUGCAUAUAACCUGUAUGACAGUAGGCUAGCUUUCAGGUCUGUGCUGUUACAUGACACAGAUUGACAUUAUGUCAGGACAAGGUUUUUAAAGUUAACACAAACAAGGUUUCAUUGUGACAUUUUCAUUCAUAUAUAUAUAUGUAAUUGUACCUUGCCAUUGACCUAUAAGCUGUCCUCAUUAUCCUCUCUCCUCCUGGUCUUCCCUCUCAACACAGCACACACACUUGUAUACAACAAGAUUCUGCAUCUGAGCGAAAACAUGAUGGUUCUGAGUCAUUAGUUUACAGUUGAAUAAAGCUCUGUGUGUAUGUACACCACACUGUAUCCAUUCCACUGUUGGUGGACAUCAAGCUAGGUUCAAGAAAGACUUCAAGGAUGGCACGGCAAGUAAAGGCGCUUGUUGCCAAGCCUGACCGCUUGUGCUAGGUCUCGGUCCCACGUGGUGCAGGAGCGAGCAGAUUCCCACGUGGGUCACAGACCGCCUUCCAGUCAGGCGGCUGCUCCGCUCCCACUCUUCUUGCUUGCACGGGCCCAGUGGUUCGAUGCUUUUGCCCUCAGUUCAGAUUCCUAGUUUCCUUUCCCCUGUAUUCCUUCAGAUGCUCAUACAUAGGCUGACACGUCUUUGCCUCAGUUGGUUUCUACAACUCAAAGGCCAGCUGGGAGACCCUGGAGACCGGGGCGUCAUUAUUGUCUACCUUCUGGCUUUGUGCAUGUGUCUACAGGAACGCCUGAGGAAGAAAGACAGGCGGGCCCUGUUCUUCCUACGAGUCUGGAAUCCGACAGUUCAAAGAGGACCAGUUGGGGAUUCUUGAUUACUGGGGUCGUUGGUGGUGCACUGCUGACAGUGUAUGCUGUGGCCACACCAUUCAUCACCCCGGCCCUCCGGAAAGUUUGUUUGCCAUUCGUGCCUGCAACUUCGAAGCAGGUUGAAAAUGUUGUCAGGAUGCUGCGACACAGAAGAGGACCCCUGGUGGACAUCGGCAGUGGCGAUGGGCGGAUUGUGAUUGCAGCUGCAAAGGAAGGCUUCCCAGCGGUGGGGUAUGAAUUGAAUCCAUGGCUGGUUUGGUACUCCAGAUAUCGUGCCUGGAGGGCAGGCGUGCAUGGCUCUGCCAAGUUUUAUAUUUCAGAUCUCUGGAAGGUCACCUUUGCACAGUACUCCAAUGUUGUCAUUUUUGGUGUGCCCCAGAUGAUGCCACAGCUGGAGAAGAAGCUUGAGCUGGAGCUGGAGGACGGAGCUCGAGUCAUUGCCUGUCGGUUCCCGUUCCCACGCUGGACUCCAGACCACACCACUGGAGAGGGCAUCGACACCGUGUGGGCCUAUGACAUGAGUGCUCAGAGAGGACGGGGAGGACGGCCGAAUCAGGAGUGGGUCGGCCAGAAGAACCUCUCGGAGACAGCAGGCCUGCAGGCCUCCUCAUCUGAGACACGGAGCAAGCUCCUUGACGUUGAGUGACAAGUCACCGCUGCUAAUCUUCCGUUCUUGAGAAAAUGAACAGAACUCAGAGAAGCAUUUAAGUUUAAGCUCUGCUGCUUUUUGAAGGGCAGUUUCACACGGCCUGGGGUGGCCUUGCACUUACUGAGCACGAUGACCCGGAACUUCUGAUCCUUCCACUUCUACCUGCCCAGUAAAAGGUGCUCCUAGUGGGACAUCCUGGAUAGGGUGCAUGAAGAUAUAAGUAAGGGACCGUCUGUCUGUGGGUCAGAAGGUAUCAUCUCAGCAGCAUGGUUUAAUGGCUCGGGUGAAGAGGGCAGGGCACUUAGGCAAACACCUGCAGUUUCCUGUGGUUUUGUCCAUGACUGAAUUUCUGUAGUGUGUAGCUAAAUUAAAUUUCUAAAGAGAGUGCCAUUUAGCUUUAUAACCGUGACAAGGAGUGUUUUACCCUGCGGCUGGUGGCUUACUCUACUGCAUUGAGUACGUACACGCACAACUGUGUGCAGAUGAGCUGUGUAACACGCACAUGCCUUAACUUUGGAGAAGUUGUGAUCAACUGCACAUGGCUCUAAGUGACAGCGCUGUGUAUUUUAGUGUCAUUGUGGCACUACAAUCUAAGUGGUAAUAUCUCAGAUCUGAUGAGGCUUUUCGGGAACAUCCUUGGCUCAGGGAGAAGAGAGAAGGUUUAACAGUGAGUGACUGAGCUCUGGCUGGGAUCUGUGUAUUGGUCAGUAAGGGUGAAUAGGGAGUGAGCUUUGGAAUCUGAGCAGAGUUCCUGUUCCCUGCAGGAGGCCUUGGACAGUGACUUAAUGUCUCUGAGCCCUGGUGUCUGCCACCAGGACAGUGACACACUGGACAUGGGUCUGGGGAUCAGUUUUUAAACCUAACCACACAGUCUUUGCUCUGCCAACAGUAUUUAUGCUUUAGACACUGUGGGAAAGGCUAUGCAGGGAAGUCACAAAUUAUUUCUGCUAGUUACUUCUCUUAUUUUAUGAGAUCAGCCAUUGAUUUAACAUUUCUCACUUACGAGAAAAGACUGAUUUAGAGGGAAGACAAGUUAGGGACGACCUUUGCGUGUGAGUAGACAGGCUUCAUAGAUCGGAAAAGUGAAUCCUGAGUGGUGGCAGCUCAGCUCAUGUGCUCUUGUCAGAGAAAAGAUGGGACUCCCCUCCCACAUCUGGGAUCUAAAUCCCACAGGUCCUAAUGGGACUUUCAUGUUAAAAGAUGGCUGAAUAUUUAGCUAAACUGAUGAAAACAGGGACAUUUGAUAUCUUCCUUGUAAGCAAGGACCAAUUGGGAUACAUGUAUUUCAUCGAUCAUUCAUGACACGUGAUGUCUGUUGAGGCUCUGCUGGUUUGUGAUGAGAAGACAUCACGGCCCCCAGCACUUGUGUAGAAUGUAGAAACAGCUCUCUGAAGAAAUAGAAGCUUUGUAUGUCUGUGAGGAGCACAUGGAAGGUGUAGGCAUUAAAUCAUUUGUCGACUGCUGCUCCCCUUAGCUCUCCUGGCCUCGGGCUUGCCUGUAAAGGCAGUUCUGUGUGGCUCUCACCUCCUGCUCUAGCUGCUGCUGAGAUAUUCCAGACACACUGAGAGGGGUCAGCCCUGCUCCUUGCCACACGGUGUGGUGAGGAGAUGUAGGGUCUUUGGGACCUUGGAGGUAUUUCACAGAUUUUUAUAUAUUUUUCUGAUGGGUUUGUAAAGGCAUCAAACCGUAGUCAUUUAUAACUUACCUUUCCCCCCUUUUCCAUGGUGAGAAUCAAUGGAUGUUCAGUCCUGUGACCUCAGAGAUCCAUAGACUUGUACUGACCAGCUUCUUGGAGGUCAUGAACUAUUCUUUAAGGUGCUGCUUUGUUUUUUUUUUUUAAAUUUUUUUUUUAAUAUUUAUUUAUUUAUUUUUAUUAUAUGUAAGUACACAGUAGCUAUCCUCAGAUACUCCAGAAGAGGGCAUCAGAUUUCAUUACAGAUGGUUGUGAGCCACCAUGUGGUUGCUGGGAUUUGAACUCAGGACCUUUGGAAGAGCAGUCAGCGCUCUUAACCCCUGAGCCAUCUCACCAGCCCCAAGGUGCUGCUUUGUUAAAUAAACAGUGUGACAAGGAACUUCUGUACCAGGAGGUAUGGCUUCUCCUCUCUGUCUAGUUUGAAUUUUUAUCAGUUAGGUUAAGGACACUGAUCGAGUUUGUUCAGGAGAGCUACUAUGAUGUCAGAAAUAGGGUUCCUGUCUAAACAGAUUGGGAUCAGGGACCAGUGACAACUUGGUAAAAUUCAAAGCUAAAGAAGCUAAAAGCUCUUGGGAGAGCCCUUGCCCGGCAUGUGCAAGGCCCAGGGGCACCCCCGUUCUUACAGGUUUUGGUCCAAGGGGUCCUGACUAAUCAGCCUGAGCCCCUCGGUGUGCUCCACCACCCCCGGUGGUAGAGCCCCUCGGUGUGCUCCACCACCCCCGGUGGUAGGCUGUCCUUUGGAGAGCGUUGAGGAUCCGGGACAGAUGUAGACAAGGAGUCCAAACCCAGUAAGAAAUGUGCUCCAUGAAGUCACCUGAAGUAAGGCUUGCCCUGCAUCAGAGUUUCUUCCUGUAGACAGAAAGCAGAAGCUGGACGGCCACUUGGUGGGGAUGUUGUAGAAGCAAUCUUUGCAGCAUGUCUGAGUUACAAGACAAACCAAAGUGAUGUUUUUGGUUUUUUUUCGCCCCCACUUUUCAUAGGGCCUCCUGAAUCAUCCCAACAGACCUCUAAGGUCUGUGUAAUAAGGUGGCGUGUAAUUCUGAUAAAACCUCCCAUCCCUACAAACGCAAACAAAGUGGUCACAAUCUUGGAAUGCUGAUGAGUGAAGUUAAAUUAUACCAGAACAGCCAUGAAGUGUGGAGCUCAGGAAUGCUGGGCUCUAAACCUUUGGGAAGUGGUUUACUACAGUGGUCAAAAGCUCAUUUAAAAAACCUUUUUACAUUAGUGUGUGUGUGUGUGUGUGUGUGUGUGCGCGCACGCAUGCGCGCACACAUGUGCACCAGGGGGAGUCAGGAGUUACAUUACACACACGUGGAGUUCAGAGGACAACUUGUGGGUUAGUUCUCUCCUACCAUAUGGAUCCUAGGGUUCAAACACAGAUAUCAGGCUUGGUGACAAGGGCCUUUCCUCCCUGAGCCUUUUGCCGGCCCACAGACAAGGCGUUUGAAUCCUCUCGUCAGUGCAGUUCACUAAUGGCUCCUCAUCGUCCCUAAAGGGAUGCUGUCUACUCCCAACCUCAUCAAGAGAGCAGCCAUAUGGAGAGCAAACAUCCUUCCAACCCUCCUCUGUCGAUCAAAAAGGACUGAGUAUCUGAACCUGUGCAUACUGUUGGCUGGUGAACUGCUUGCUAGCAAGGGGCAAGGAGCUACGUGGACCCCAUGUUAGAUUAGGGAACAUGAAGACUGGGCUAAAGGCCAAGGUCAGAGGAAAUUCAGUUCUCACUGGAAGGACAAAGCCAACAGACUUCUGAGCAUGUCUUGGUUUCAAGUGGGAGGGGCCAGCCCACAGGACCAGAGGCCCUUGGGAACAGAGCCCAGUCUGCCCUUAUUGGUUAAGACUAAGUGAACUGUUCUUGGAAGGACUCCAUUUAGAAAAUAGGUAAUUUUUAGGACCAAUGAAAAUAGUACUUGCCCAAACAGGUAUUAAACACAGGGAACUAACUUAUUAUCCUUAACGACAGCGUGGGCCGUAUACUUAAAUAGGAAGGUGGAUAUUUGUAUAAAGGAAAGGGCAGCCGCAUCUAAAUAACACAAUAAUGUCUCUCAGCUUAGAAACCUCUAGUGGUUUGAGAGUCCUCUUAGGCAGAACACCUUCCUGUAGAUUGAAGUGUUCUGUAAUAAUGACACAUUAUGAGUCUCCUGGAAGCGGCACACUUGUGACUCAAUGAACUGAUGCAAAUUGAACAUGAGCAAAAAGACCAUAUAACUUUUAUAGGUGGGGAAAUUAGAUGUCUUAUUUUUCUAAUUUAAUAUUAUGGCUCGAACAUUAUCCAGGAAGGAUUGAUCAGACAAUGGCUCAUUGAUCUCCGGGUUUAAUCCAAGGGUGGAAGGGGGACGUUGAGUUAGUUUUCUUCUCUGUCAUAUUGCAGGACAGAGUUGCAAGCAGCAGGUCCAGGCUAUUGCGAAAAAACAAGCUCUAGAAAAGUCUCAGCAAACUGCACACAGCGCUGCAAUUUUGCUGGAUACAUUAAGUAAUGGGAUACAUUAGGGUCUUGUAGGGUUUGCUUUAAAUUCAGCUCUGUAGUGUGUGUGCGCGCGCGCAUGUGUAUAUACUUAUAUGUGUAUAUGUGCACAUAUACUUGUGUAUGUGUGUGCAUGUAGGUAUGUGUGUGCAUGCACAUGCGCACAUCUGUGUACAUGUAUAUGUGUACAUGUGCACACAUGCUUGUGUGUGUGCAUGUAUGUAUAUGUGUGUGUGUAUGUGAGAGAUGUGACAGUUAACAGAACGACAGUGUGGCAGAAAGCAUUAAACUAAAUCCCUAUAAGUAGCAGUUGGCAAAGUCACAAGGCAGGCAAAGCUUCUGGCUUGGUUUGUCAUCUUGCCUCUGUCCUCUGCCUGUGCCCAGUCCCUAAUGUGCUACAGAUCAUUUUAUCGUUCACAUAUCCACUUAAGUGUUAGAUUACUUAAUGCUAUCUUCUAAGGAUAUCUAUGCAGUGCUUAAUCUAAGGUGUUUGCAUUCAGUCAAAGAAUCUCUUUAACAUAGAUUUGAUCUUGGUAAGGCUGAACAAAGCUAAUUUUAUAAUGGAGAAAUGUCACGUUCUUCUGCAAUCCCCGCUUAACCACUGUCUUAGUCAGGGUUUCUAUUCCUGCACAAACAUCAUGACCAAGAAGUAAGUUGGGGAGGAAAGGGUUUAUUCGGCUUACACUUCCACAUUGCUGUUCAUCACCAAGGAAGCCAGGACUGGAACUCAAGCAGGUCAGGAAGCAGGAGCUGAUGCAGAGGCCAUGGAGGGAUGUUCUUUACUGGCUUGCUUCCCCUGGCUUGCUCAGCCUGCUCUCUUAUAGAAACCAAGACUACCAGCCCAGAGAUGGUCCCACCCACAAGGGGCCUUUCCCCCUUGGUCACUAAUUGAGAAAAUGCCUUACAGUUGGAUCUCAUGGAGGCAUUUCCUCAACUGAAGCUCCUUUCUCUGUGAUAACUCCAGCUGUGUCAAGUUGACGCAAAACUAGCCAGUACAACCACACUGCAUCCCCAUGGCAGCUUAGAAGAGCAAAAAAGGCCCAGGUGAGGUUUCUCUUCCUGAACAUGUUAGUGAUGAGAAAUCUGUAGCUGAGAAGCUGAUGGUUGCUGUCAUGUGUUAACUGUCCACCACAGGCCUUACACACAGGGGAAUCUCACAGAUGGGGGGGGGGAGAUACACAGCUGUAAUUCCACACUUGGGAGAGAGAGGUAGAAGGUCAGGAGUUCAAGGUCAUACUCAGUAAUAUAGUAAAUUCAACGACAGCCUACAUUACAUGAGACCUUGUUUCAGAAAUACGGGGAAAGAAUGACAUGUGAUUUCUGCAGUGGAGACAUGGCAUUUCUCUUUUGAAUAAACUAAGGCAUGCAGUCAGUGACACAUUUGGCAAGGCACAUGCAGUGCUUAAUCUCCUGAUCCUGGCUGACAGCAAAGACACACAUUUUCCUUAUUUGCACUCCUUGUCCAGGCCACGGGGAAGACACUGCUGCUAGGAGCCAAUCCCUUUGACUGCAUGAGCUUAGAUAUUAACAGCCUCUGAGCAGCUCCGAAGUGUGGGUUCUAAGGCUCUUUGAAUCGGGCUUCUCUUUGGUAGGCAAAGGGUGGUCCUUGAUUGAUGGCAUAUGCCUAAAGGAUAAGGCCGAAGACCUAAGAGAUUUCUCCUCCCCACUUUAUAGAAGGUUAGUGAAGCCAUAGCUUCUAGGAUCAGAACUGCUUUAUAGCUUUCCCUCAUUCUCAGACACUCUGGUAACAUCACACAUGUUAGAAAAUCAGCAUCGCGCAUGCAUUGCACAUGCGUCGUGCAUGCGUCUCUAUGAGCUGGAGCUGCCCUGGUAAUCUAUACAGACUGGGGGUUGAACAGCAGAGACAUACUCUAGAGACAGGCUAGAGUCGAACAUCCAAGUACCGACAGGAUUGGUCUCUCCAGAGGCGUCUCUCCUUAGCUUAUGGAUUGAUUACCUUCUUGUUGGGUCCUCACCCUAGUCUGCUCUCCUCAUAAGGAAGACAGACAGAUUGGAUUAGGGUUCACUCUAAUAACCCUAUUUAAACUUACUCAUCGUGUGUGUGUGUGUGUGUGUGUGUGUGUGUGAUGUGCAUGUUGGGGGUAUGUAUGUCUAUGUGCCGUUAUGUGCAUGUUCCUAUGGAAGUCAGAGGUUCACAUUGAGUGUGUUCCUCUCUGGCUCUCUUCACUUUAUUUCUUGAGACAAGGUUUCUCACUGAACCUAAGUCACGGAUUUGGCUAAACUUGGCAGCAAGUCCCAGAUGUCCUCCUCUCUCUGUCCUCCCCACACUCCCUGGCACUAGUGUUAUAGCUGUUAACUUUCAUGUGUAGUCUUUAGAUGUAUGUUGGGUGUCCACUCAUGCUUGCCCAGCAGCUCGUGCCUUGAGCACGUUAAGCUGCCUCCCUAGUCCUUAUUCACCUCUUUAACUUAUGUGGUGGUCUGAAUAUGCUCGACCCAUAGGGAGUGGUACUGUUAGGAGGUGUGGCCUUGGUGGAGGAAGAGUGUCAUUGUGGGGGUGGGCAUUGGAGGCCUCCUAUACUCAGGCUCCACCCAUUGUAGAAGACAGCUUCCUCUUAGAUGCCUGAGGAUGCCAGCCUCUCCUGGUUGCCUUUGAAUUAGGAUGCAGAACUCUCAGCUCCUUCUCCAGCACCAUGUCUACCUGCACGAUGCCAUGCUUCCUGCUAUGAUGAUAUUGGACUAAACCUCUGAGACUCUAAGCCAGCCCCAAUUAAAUGUUUGUCUUUAUAAGAGUUACUUUGGUCAUGGUGUCUCUUCAUAGCAAUGGAAACCCUAAUGAAGACAAUCUAUCUAUAAACAGUGUCAGACCCUGAGAGAGAGACUGGGUGUUAGAGGUCGGCAUGUGCAUUUGGGAGCAUGAUGGUUAAGCCUCAUCGUCACCCAGGCAGGAUUUAGUGUCACCUAGAGAAAAAUCCUCUAGAUGGAUCUGUGAGGAUGUUUCCAGAGAGUUUUAAGCGAGGACCCAUCCUGGACGUGAGCAGAGCUGUUGCAUGGAGUGAAGUCCUGGGCUGAGAAAAAACAAAAGUAGACAAAGGUGAGAGUGAACAGACAGCAGCAUUCACCUCUCUGUGCUUGGUGACUGCAGGUGUGCUGUGACCAACUGCAUCAACUGCUUCAAGCCCUGGCUGCCACAUACUCCUCAGAGUGAUGGGUGGUUCCUUCACACUGUGAGCUACAAUAAACUCUUCUUACCUUAA